GCAAGAUAUUUCAGGUAGUAAAUUUGCGCUCAAGGAGACGAUUUCCAAAUAACGUUUCCAUUCCAGCCAAGAACGCCUUGGCCAUGUGCCCCUACCCUGUUGCCUGAGAGUAACUAUACUGCAGUUUGAGAUCACGCCUUGUUUCUUGCUACCUCUCUUUCGAGAGAAACCAGGAGACAGCACACGCGGCUAGGCAUGAGCGACAUGAUCGAAAACUUGGGGCGAAGAAGAAAAAAAAAAGGUCUCCAAUCCCAUCUCCCAGAGAUUAUUCGGCGGCUCCCGAGAAGAAGAACAAGAAGGUAUGAUGAGAAGUGCGGAGAAAUCCUUCGGAAACGAUACUUUGGUCGUAGUAUCCUUUCGUCCGUCCGCAAUAAGUAUUAGCCGCCUGGGCAUUUCCUCAAGAUCCUUCAAAUAGAUAAACUAGCUCCCGUUGCCGAAUGUGCGCCAAACAGAGAUUCCAAGCCUCCCUCUUCGAGGCGUCGCGACGUCUGAUAUCCAACACUGGUAGUACCCGACGACAAUAGCUAUUAGGUGCCCAGGUAACUCAUGAUAAUGAGCCAAGGUCGAUGCGAUGCGGAAAGACACACAAGACGCAAAUGGCAGUCGCAAAGAGGAGAAAAGAGAGCACCGUCGCUUCGCUGUGCCAGAACCACAAUUCUCAGCAGAUCUGAAAGCGAACAAGAGGUAUUGAUCGUGGCUGAUGACGAUCACAAGCGACGGAUAGAAGCGCAGAAACGAAUAAAUGCGAUCGGUUGGUGCAGAUGAAAAAGGAAAAGGACUGCUAUGAUCGACGUGCGACGCAGCGGGCAGAU